CAAUGUCGGAGCUCCAUACAAUUAAUUUUGAUUCAGGAACAAGCUAUUCGAAGGUAUCACCGUCUUAAACACCCUAGGCUUCUGCAAUUACAAUCUAUCAGGUAUAAUUGAGAUGUCGCGCUCCUUAGCGGCCCCGAAGCCGCUCCUUCGAUCCCUAUUACAGAGCAAACCUCGAAUUCAAGCUCAGCGAUGCCGCUGUUUCCUCUCUACAAAAGCUUCACCAUCCCUGCGGCGGCCAACGUUGGUCUCCCCCCAACGAUUCGCCUCGAACCCCAAGCCGAUAUCCGCUUCCGGAUCUACGGAGCAGCGCCGAUGUAAAACCUUCAAGACGGUAGAGGAGGCACGCAGCAGAUACAGGACAGGGCCGUUCUCAUGGAAGGCGGGAGUGCUGUUCGUGCUCACAAGCGCGGGCCUCGUCUGGUACUUCGAACGCGAGAAGAAGCGCAUGCAGCGCGUGCGCAUUGCCGAGGCGAAUAAGAGUGUCGGGAAGCCCAAGGUCGGGGGCGAGUUCGAGCUAUUGGAUCAGGAGGGGCAACGUUUCUUGAGCGGUGAUUUGAAGGGGCGUUAUAGUCUGAUCUACUUCGGUUUCACGCACUGUCCGGAUAUUUGCCCCGAAGAGCUCGACAAAAUGGCGCGCAUGUACGAUCUGGUGGAGGAAAAGGCACCGGGCAAGAUUAUGCCCGUCUUCGUCACUUGCGACCCCGAGCGUGACGACCCCAAAACGCUAAAGUCAUACUUGGCGGAGUUCCACCCGGGUUUUAUAGGGCUAACAGGAACGUACGACCAAAUCAAGGAUGUGUGCAAGGCAUACCGGGUCUACUUCAGCACGCCGAAGAACGUGAAGCCUGGGCAGGAUUAUUUGGUAGACCACAGCAUCUACUUCUACUUGAUGGACCCCGAAGGCGACUUCGUGGAGGCGCUGGGAAGACAGCAUAGCCCGGAGCAGGCGGCUAAGGUUAUAUUAGAUCAUAUGAAUGAUUGGAAAGGAAGUUGGAGGAAAUAGGGGGUGAGUAAUAGGUGAUCGAAUGAGAAAGUGUAUAUCCCUCCACUCGACCUGUGAUAAUAUGUAAGGAUAUAUAACUAAUGUACAUAACAAAAGUUGUAUGACGAUGCGAUUAUUGUGUAUUCUGAUGUGGAGGAUAUGAAUACUAGGUACCUAACUAGUACCUACAUUACUUACACCUACCCCUAUACCUCGAAAAUAUUCAGUUGGACCAGAGUAUGUACAAGGUAAGUAACAUUUAUUUCUACGGUUAGUCCAAAAAGUGGAGUGGAAAUUAUUGUCUUAAAAACAAGUAAGAUAGGUACCUGACCAAAGGUCGUGGACCUGUAAUAAAGAGCAGCAUAUUAAGGGUAAACACUAUCUAGAUUCUAGAUAUUCAUUUUAGCGAUUGCUAACGAAUAUCUAUCACGAAUAAUAUUC